ACAUGCCAUCGAGGAAAUGGCAACAAAAGUAAACAUUGGGAUAUUUUAAAAUUAAAAAAUGAUAUGUAGAUAACAAGUGUACUAACAAAACUAACCCUUUUAAAUUUUCAGUGCUCGAGUAAAAAUAACCAAAUUUAAAAUGAAACCAGAUUUUUUAUAUUUAAUACCGAGUGCGUUAACUGUAGUAUAUGCAACCUAUGGAAGUUGGUUCCUGAUUGCUGAAAUAUUUACUACUUUAAUACCUUUAACUUUAAUAUUUACUGGAAUUUUAGUAGGCAUUGUAGUUAUAUUUAGAGUUCCUCCUCCCGAAAAAGACACAGUUGAAGCUAUCUUGGGUAAAGAAAUUGAUGAUCCCACAGGAGAUAAUGGAUUUGUUAUUAAGACAGUAGCUCACAGAGGAGCUGGCCUGGACGCUCCAGAGAAUACAAUAGAAGCCUUUAAAAAAUGCCAUGAAAAAGGAUGUGAUGUGAUAGAGAUAGAUGUGAUCCUCACAUCUGAUGGCGUACCAGUUGUUUUCCAUGACUCAAAUUUAGAAAGAAUGGCUGACUUGAAUAUUGUAGUAAAGGAUAUGAAGUACGAAGAUUUGGCCAAAAUUGACAUUUCAGUGAAACAUGCUUACAGAGAUUCAUUUCCUAAUUCUCAUGUACCAACAUUAGAGCAGGCUGUAGAACAAAUGCUUGGGAUGGGACAAAGAAUUUUCAUUGAUAUUAAAGAAAAUAACAAUAAGAUGGUUCCUGUAAUACUGAAAUUGUUUGAAAAGUUUCCCGAGUUGAAUCAGAAAGCUGUAAUCACAUCAUUUUUCCCUAAUAUCAUUUAUUUGAUUAGAAGAAACAAGCCAGAAAUAGUUGGAUGUUUGGCAUGGCAACCCUGUAUUUUCAAGAAAGUUAGUGAAGGCCACGGAGAAGGCAACAUAAAACAAUUUAAAGCUUUAAUAAAAAGGUAUUUAGUUUGGAUGUGUGAUAUGUUGCAUUCAUGGGCACUGCCAAGAAUAACUUACUAUCUCUUAGGAUUAUCAGUUAUUUUAUUGCACAAGGAUUCUGUCUGUAGUCAUGCGGUUCAAGAUUGGAGGUCAAAAGGAGUCCGCGUAAUGGCCUGGACAGUUAACAGUCCCAUAGAAAAGCAAUAUAUAAGCCGUAUUCUUAAGGUCACUUACCUCACUGAUACACUCACAGGUGAAACUACAAUUCACAGCACUUUGCAAUCUUAAUAGAGUGAUUUUAAAAUAGUAAAUGUUUAAAAUAUGCAAAUGGAUC